CUCAAGAUCAGCGUUUUGUCCGGCAAUGUUCUGCAAUGCGCCCUCCCGCGGUUUUUAUUGAGCAGCCGGCAAAAGAAAAACAAGGAACGCCUGUCUGGCAAUAAAUUGGGCAAUUCUGUGGGGUAACUAGUAAGUGUGUGGCAGGGGAGCGCUGUAUAUGCACGUCAGUACGUGUUAGUCAUUGUGCUGAGCUGCACAGCAGCGUACAAUAUACCAGUGACUUCUACUUCAACUACACGGCGAAGUACCGAACAACAGACCGCACAGUGAGUGGGUGAAAGGCACUGCAGCUUGCACCACGUAGCGCUCACUUCAUCGCCGCCGCAUGCCACACAAGAUCGUCCUGGCUGAAUUCUUAGACUUAGUAAGUUGGUCGUCUGCCCAACCAAAUCGACUUUCUUUCAGACAAGUGAAUCAUUUUGUUGACUAAAGGCCAUUCUUCGCGUGUGUUUGGCCUUGUGGAGUUUCACGCCAGGAGCGAACAGAGCCACACCAAUUGAGCCACCGUGAGCAAAUAGAUUCUACCCGGGCCUGUUUGUUUUGGGGGGAUAUUUUUGGCAGUGUUGUUGUAAAGAGAGGACCAUUUGGUGCGCAGCUGACUUGAAGGAGACUGCGUACUUCAGUCUGUCACUUUUAUUCGAGAGGGGAGCGGCUGAUAUAUAGUACAAUGCUGGGGUUCGUGACGGUCGUGUUUGCAGCGUGUCUGGCCCGCAUGACGGCCGGCUAUGCCAUGGAUCUCUCGGGUCGGAUCACCAAGCCGACCUGUGUGGACAUACCCUCCGAUCUCACCCUGUGCCAGAACAUCGGCUACAACCGGAUGCGGAUGCCCAACCUCCUGGACCACGACUCCAUCUUCGAAGUGAAGGACCAGUCGCAGGGCUGGAUCCCGCUGCUGAUCGUCAACUGUGACAACGACACCCAGCUCUUCCUUUGCUCCUUGUUCUCGCCCGUCUGCCUGGACCGCCCGAUCUACCCCUGCCGCUCCCUUUGCCAGAAGGUCCGGCAGAACUGCGAGCCCAUCAUGGUCCGGAACUGCUUCCCCUGGCCGGCCAUGCUGGAAUGCGACCUGUUCCCCGAGGACAACGGCCUGUGCAUCCAGUCGGAGAUGCGCCAGAAGAACACCACGGACCAGCCCACUCAGUCCAGCCUGAUACCGUCGGGCAUGUCAGAUGCUAAUUCACUGCCGACCACUGCCCUCCCUAUGGUCUCCAAGCACCGUCCAAUGAAAGGCAUGGUGGCAGCGGUGGGAUCGCUCUUUACACAGUGCCACGAUGACGCCGACGCAGCGUCGAUAGUGGAAUAUUUCUGCAAUGCUGACUUUGUAUUGAAGAUGAGACUAAAAGAGGUCAAAGAAACAUCAGACGGCAAGAAAUAUGUCGGAGACACCAACGAAGGCAAGUAUUUGGUUAUCAAGCAGGGCAGCCUGAAACAGAAAGAUCUGAACAAAAUGCGAUUCCUGACGCGAGAGGGCGCCAACUGCGGUUGCGACAUGCUUCAGCCCGGCCGGGAGAACUUCCUGGUCAUGGGCCACCGGGAUGGCAAGAAGCUGUACAUGACCUACGUGCACAUCUGGACCAAGUCCCGGGAGUUCCGUAACGCCACGCGGCAGUUUGGCCAGCCCUGCCCCGGCGAAGCGGUGGAGUCCUCGGAGCCGCCGGCCACGGUGGCCGGCGGCGGCAAGAAGCCCAAGAAGGAUCGAGGGGGCAAGCGGGGCCGGCCGGGCCGGAGGGAGCGGCCCGACCGGGACGGUGGGCCGGCGGAGACCACCACCAAGGCGGCCACCGAGCGAAAGCUCACGCGGGAGGAGAGGAGGCAGCAAAGGAGAGAGGAGAAACGAGAAGAGAGGCGCAACAACCGAGAGUAAUUCGGACAGAGACGCCGUUGGUUUCUAGAGUAAUUUAUAGCGAGUUUUUGUUUGUGUGAUUGGCUUACUCUUACUGGUACAUGUAUAGACGCAAAAGAUGACUCUUAUUACACGCCCAUGAGGGAAAAGUCAAAUGACCAGAAACUGUAGAUGCGAAGUUGAAAACUUCGAUUUGUUACUUACUGUGCAGAAGUAUUACUGAACAUCGACAAGUUGAUUAAAAUGUUGGCAGUGACAGCUUGGUGUCUCUGCCGUAUUGGAUGAGUAAACUGGUGCCCUUUGAGGCCUUUAAAUAAUUUGGUAAUUCAGUAAAAACAAAUACAUGUAUCGAAGCGCGGACUCGCCACACCUUGACACAGGUUCAGAAAUGAUUGUCUUGGUUCUCAUGUAAACAAAUCUCGCAGAACUAGUCCUCAAAUGAAAACACUCCCACAGAAAAAUAAUAGAAUGCUUUUGAAAUCUUUUUAGACCUGUGGAGACAAAAGGUUUUUUCUUUCUCUGAAUAGAGCCCUUUUGUUCUCCCCCAGUGUUCCCAGGAUUUAAAGAAAUUUUCAUGAACAUCACUGAUCUCUAUAUUACUCACCGGAUUGCGUGUCGAGACCGAGGGCUGGAAGUUAGGAGGCGCCAUCUUUGGAGGCCCAGGUUAGACUCACCAGUUAUGGAUGUUUCACCGGGAAACUCAAAUUGUAGCCCCAGUGGGCUGUUUAUGUCACCACUGUUUCGGGCUGUUUCGUGUGGACACAGUUAUGAUAUUUACACCAGGGGUAUUUAUGAAAUUAAACUUCCCUCAUAACGUCCCUAUUAUUUCUGUCGGUACCCAGCAAUACUCCUCCAAAACUUGGGAAACAUGCUGCGAAAGUGCGCGAAAUCUGUCGAGCUACUGCGCGUUUGAAAAGGGUUGACAGAUUUCGUGCGUUGUGAUUGGCCAACGCCUCGCAAACUCUCGGAGGCGCACUACUGAGAAUCGCCCGUAUUGAUCCUCGGGCGGCCUCACUUGUUCACAGGGACAUGGGAAUGCUCCGACCAUUCAAUUGUAGUGAUCAGUGUUGAAUUUCCGGGGAUUGGUUGUGCAACAAAUCGAAAAACACAGGGAUAGAUGUGUGGCCAACAACAGUGUAUAUUCUACUGAACGUCCGCAUAGAUAAUUUGACUGAUGGUGAAUUUUGUGACGUUAAGAUGGCUUGAUGUAAUUAUUGUAAAUAAUCAAUGCUGUGACUCGAAAGAGGGCGCUUUUCUUCAGUAUAGUCUGAGGUGGGGCAGUGCGCUGCCAGUGCAGAGCAGGAAGAUUUCUUUCAUGUACAUGUAUGUGAGUGAUGUUUGAGGGACAUCAAUACUAUCAAUCGCCUUAAUACGAGCUUUUCCCAAUAGUGCGCCGCCAAGAGUUCGCAAUGCGGUGGCCACGGUACGCGAUGCGCAUUUGAAUGGGUUUGACACCAUUGAUCUCCGUUAUAAAAAGAGAUCAAUGGUUGACACGUCCGGACGUGUCGACCACCAAUGUUGGUUUGGAAUGAGAAGACACAUUUCACGCAUGGUGAUUGGCCAGCGCGUUAGAGACUCUUGGUGGCGCACUCGGGUGAAAUGCCCGUAUUAGGAUUUGUUGCAUUCAUUUAGAUAUAUCUGUUUCAAACGGUUAGACGUUAGAACGUCUGUCGACUAAAGUCAGCCUUUAUGGUGUCAGCCUUCAUGUUAUGUCGAAACAGCCCACCGUUUAUUUCUUACUGCUUGAGUAAUUGAGUUAGGCGUAAUUAACGAAUUCUGCACGCUGAAGGCCUUCUACCAAAAUAUCUAUCCAAUUAUUGUUUUUCUGUAGUCAUUUGGACAACAGUACGUUUAACUUCAUUAUGAUUAAACCGAGAGUUACUUAAUGUUGCACAUACACGUUUUACUUAUUCACUGCAUUUUAAUUUCGCUGUUUUUUUAUCUUUGUACAGUUUAUUCACGUUAAGACAUUUACAGCCAUUGCUUGUAUUUUAGUAUGAGAGCACACGUAUGAGAGGAAUUUCCUUGUUGAAUAAAUCGAAUCGUUGAGCACCGCUGUGGUAUGGUAUUACACUUGAAGGGAAGAAGGUGCGGACAUGUAAAAAGGGUUACUUUCUAACGGCGGUUUCCCUGUAUGCCUUGAGAGGAAGUUGCAAGCUACUUCUGCUCGGAUAGAGCAAGAUUCAUUGCGCCGUUUCAUCGCACGUAACUUUUUUUUUGGAAAGCCUUAUGUUUCAGUCUUGUAGCCCGUCUGUGUAUUCAUUAUUGAAGAGACAGCAGUGUACUCGAGAGUGUUGUUUUAAAAUCGCUUUGGGAUGUGGUCACUGGUAGUGACCCAAACCGAAGUCAAGGUGAUUAUCAGCGACCACGCCCCUAGCCAGUUUUAAACAUAAUACGUAACGCUUUCCUGUCUGUUAUCUUUUUGGGUCAAAAUGUCAAAGCAGGUCCAAAAAGAUGACUUCCAACAGUAAUUGUAAUAUGCAGUAUUACUUAAUGUUUUGUGAAGCACUCUUCAUGGCGGUGAUCACAGUAAAUAUGUGCCUGGCGCGCUAAGUUCAAAGCGUUGUUUUUCAAGUGCAUUCGAUGUAGCGCAUUAUCAAGAUGAUUGAACUCCAAGUGAUGUAGGCUUUUGGCAACUUGGAAUUGUCAAACUGUCCUAGACAUUAAUCUUAUGAAUGCUGAAUCAAAGGGAAUUUGCCUGUAAGAUGCGUGUUCUUCAAACUCAUGGUCUACCACCAAUGCCUGGUCUUCCUGUAGAUCAACGUACAACAGUCACGUGAGCAGUAACCUGGUUCAUGAGUCAUCUUACGUUCCCGUCAUUUGAUAAGAUGGUGAAAGACCAUUUUAAGGUAGAAUGGGUCAUUUGUCGUUUGUGCAUGUUUUGUAUUUGAAGCGACAAAAUUGCUGAUAAUCUUAAGACCGGUGCCUGUGAAAGUUAUCUGGAAUACAUGUACUUACGUCGUGACAACUAGCACAAUAGUUCCGGUUCUCUUGUAACUCGAUUCGGAAGUUGCCAGGUCAUGAUUUGAAUUGCUCACAGCAUGCCAACUUCAAAUCAGAAAUGCAGGUAAUGCACUCGUCUGCUGAAGCCUUUUUGAUGAACACGGUGUCCAUGACUAGCCAAAAUAGCCGCGCGCCUUAUGCAACACGAGUCUCGUUGUAUUUCAAAAAGUCGAGGAGUCGAGAAGUCUUUGGAGUGGACCUUUUGUUUUCCUCAAAUGUCGGCUUUCUAGACUAAAUAACUAAACUAAAUAACACAAGAAGUUAAGUUCCAUUGCCACCAUUUAAUCAGGUACGAUUUUAACAAAUUACUUAGUCUACUAUAUUUUCGAUGGCUGCAAAUGGUAACUUUCACCUUAUUUUUCUGUUAGUGCCAGAAGACGACAGGGUUUCGCCUGCUAGGGUUUUCAAGCUGAUACGCCUGGGGGGAUUUUUCAAAAGGUAUUUAAAAACUCACCAUGAUAACAUGGCUAAAAAUAUAUGAGUGACAUGAGUUAUAACAUACCUCUUAACACUGCAUGUACCUUGUUUUAAAUAUCCACAUUAUAUACACCACCAAUCGCGUUAUGUGCUCUUGUAUAGUGCUAACUUAGUCUAGACAGAAUCUAAUAAUACUUCCUGUAAUGAACAAC